UUAUUUAAUCUUGUUGGUGAAAGGAGGAGGAAGAAGAAGAAACAGAGUUCAGAGGAGCUCUCUCAAUCCAUUUUCAUGGCGGUAGCAACUUUCUUUCCUUCUCAAACUUCAUAUAAAAACCGCCAUUAUCUUUCUCGCGACAUCCAAUUUCGGUCUCCUCUUCGUUUGUCCACUCCUCGUUCCAUCCUUUCCACCAUUCGAGCAAGCUCGGCUCUCGUUCUUGAGUCGGAUUCAGGUAUUCAACAGGAUCAGAAUUUGAAAAUUGACGUGUUUUCAUGUCCGGUUUGUUUUGAGCCAUUGUUGAGAAAAGGUCCGCCAGGUUUUAACUUGCCAGCUAUUUAUAGGUCUGGUUUCAAGUGUAGAAGAUGCAAUAAGUCAUAUACCAGCAAAAACAUCUUUUUAGAUCUCACAGUUACUUCUGGAAUGAAGGAAUAUGUAGAAGUCAAACCUGGGGGAACUGAGCUGUUUCGGAGUCCCCUUGUUUCAUAUCUAUACGAAAGAGGAUGGCGUCAAAACUUCAACCAAAGUGGUUUCCCAGGCCUUGACGAAGAAUUUAAAAUGGCCAUGGAGUAUUUUAAAUCUGUUGAAGGUGGUCUUUUAGUGGAUGCAAGCUGUGGUAGUGGUUUGUUUUCCAGAAAAUUUGCAAAAUCUGGGUCCUUCGCAGGUGUAAUUGCUCUUGAUUUCUCUGAGAAUAUGCUUCUUCAAUGUUAUGACUUCAUUAAGAAAGAUGCUACUCUCUUGAACAGUAAUCUUGCUCUUGUGAGGGCAGAUAUCUCUAGGCUUCCCUUUUCAUCAGGAUCAGUAGAUGCUGUUCAUGCUGGAGCAGCGUUGCAUUGUUGGCCAUCUCCUUCCAAUGCUAUUGCUGAGAUCACUCGUAUAAUGCGGAGUGGUGGAGUAUUUGUGGGAACCACUUUUUUGCGGUACACUUCAUCUACUCUCUGGUACCUAAGAUUUUUAAGAGAGCGUGGUUUUCAGCCCUAUGGCUACCUAACAGAGGAAGAAAUAGAGGAACUGUGCAAAUCCUGCGGUCUGAUUAACUAUUCAAGCAAAGUUCAACGAUCUUUCAUUAUGUUCUCUGCCCAGAAGCCUUGAAAGUAAGCUCUGAUCAAUCUCAUCCUCAUUAUGUUGUCUAUAUUCAGAAUCAAACUUUAAAGAAUUAUAUUGAUAAGUUAAUACAAUAGCUUCUAAAUUGUUGGAACUGAAGAAUAAUUGAUUGAAUUGAAUAUAAUUAAAAAUUGAGAAGAGAUGUGUAAUGAUGUCCUCUUCAUUUGGUUGAUUUUCCUUAAAUCU